UAAGGGACGGCUGGAGGUAAACUAGACUAAGGGAAGGCUGGAAGUAAACUAGACUAAGGAAAGGCUGGAGGUAAACUAGACUAAGGCUCGAGGUAAACUAGGCUAAGGAAAGGCUGGAGGUAAACUAGACUAAGGCUGGAGAUAAACUAGACUAAGGGACGGCUGGAGGUAAACUAGACUAAGGGAAGGCUGGAAGUAAACUAGACUAAGGAAAGGCUGGAGGUAAACUAGACUAAUGCUCAAGGUAAACUAGGCUAAGGAAAGGCUGGAGGUAAACUAGACUAAGGCUGGAGGUAAACUAGACUAAGGGACGGCUGGAGGUAAACUAGGCUAAGGGAAGGCUGGAAGUAAACUAGGCUAAGGGAAGGCUGGAGGUAAACUAGGCUAAGGGAAGGCUGGAGGUAAACUAGACUAAGGCUCGAGGUAAACUAGGCUAAGGAAAGGCUGGAGGUAAACUAGACUAAGGCUGGAGGUAAACUAGACUAAGGGACGGCUGGAGGUAAACUAGACUAAGGGAAGGCUGGAAGUAAACUAGACUAAGGAAAGGCUGGAGGUAAACUAGACUAAGGCUCGAGGUAAACUAGGCUAAGGAAAGGCUGGAGGUAAACUAGACUAAGGCUGGAGGUAAACUAGACUAAGGGACGGCUGGAGGUAAACUAGGCUAAGGGAAGGCUGGAGGUAAACUAGACUAAGGGACGGCUGGAGGUAAACUAGGCUAAGGGAAGGCUGGAGGUAAACUAGGCUAAGGGAAGGCUGGAGGUAAACUAGACUAAGGAAAGGCUGGAGGUAAAUUAGGCUAAGGGACGGCUGGAGGUAAACCAGACUAAGGGAAGGCUGGAAGUAAACUAGACUAAGGAAAGGCUGGAGGUAAACUAGACUAAGGCUCGAGGUAAACUAGGCUAAGGAAAGGCUGGAGGUAAACUAGACUAAGGCUGGAGGUAAACUAGACUAAGGGACGGCUGGAGGUAAACUAGGCUAAGGGAAGGCUGGAGGUAAACUAGGCUAAGGGAAGGCUGGAGGUAAACUAGACUAAGGGAAGGCUGGAGGUAAACUAGGCUAAGGAAAGGCUGGAGGUAAACUAGGCUAAGGCUGGAGGUAAACUAGACUAAAGCUGGAGGUAAACUAGAAUAAGGCUGGAGGUAAACUAGACUAAGGGAAGGCUGGAAGUAAACUAGGUGAAGGGAAAGCAGACCAAACAGCAGCAGAGUUGUUGCUAGGAGGCUUAAAGCAACACAAUCCAGAAGCAGGAAGGAGGAGGAAGUCACUGAUCCGUUUAAACAGCCUUUAGACUGCUUCCCUAUCACAGUUAGACAUUUAUUCAGGUUUUCAACACGUAUAGGGGAGUAAAAACAUCUAUAUAAUGCUCAAUCACACUUUAGUUUCUUUAGUGAGAUCUGUCGUCUGAACACCAUCUACAGUAGAGUUCUGUUUCUGUUUCUACUUUAAUCUCGUUUAUAUUUAGACACAAACCAGAGUUCAGCCAGCUGCUCAAUAAUUACCUCUUUAUAUGAUCAUAUAAAUAAAUCACUAUGCAGAUAUUCUAAUAAGACUUCGAUUGAUCAAACAAGAUCACAAAUUAUUUCUGGUUUCUGCUCAUUUGAGAUAUAUAAUUUUAAGUGAAACAGUUUGUAUCCUGUUAGUGUGAUUUUAUUGUAUGCUGAUAGAAGCAGCUAAUAAUAAUAAUAAUAAUGUAUUUUAUUUAUAGGAUGCCAUGCGAAGUAAACAGAGUUAAAACGCAGUUCAUUACAACCACUGAUCUGCUCAGAGAGCUGCUAGAAUGACUGGAGGUUGUGUGUUUGUUUUUCUGACUGAAAUGGUCCGGAAAUCUAGAAAAUGUUUUUUCCCUCAGUGACCCCUAAUAACCUGCAGAUGCUGAGACUCGCUCUGAAUGGUUGAACUGGUUCUGGAGUAAAACCUCCCCCUACCCCUAACUAACCCUAACCUCCUGUCUGAACUGUACAGUUAAGGUUAGUUAAGGCUAACUCUAACCCUUUACAGUUAAAGUGGGACGUUCGGUUUGCUCGGCCUGUUGUUUGUCAUCCUUCCUCUCUCUGCCUUCACAAAUACAGGUGAUUUGUCAUGAGAUUAAUUUUAUUUAUUUAAAGCUCCUGAGAAACCACAUUUACAGACCCUCAUUCUGAAUGCUGCAGAGGCACAAAAUAAUAAUAGCAAUAAAAGUUCAUCUGCAUGUAAGAGGAAAACUACUUCAACAAUAAAUACUUAAAACAUCAUUUAUUUUAAAAAGAAAAUUUCCAUCUCAGCUUUGAUUGCAGCUUUCCAGGAUUUUUACACAUUUUUAUGUUAUAGUUUAUUAAAUAAAUGGAGUUUAAUGAACACUGAGGCUCCAGCAGAUGAACAGUUAAUCAGAAAAACACUGAAUCCAGACAUUUUCAGAGAAGCAUGGCAAAGAGAAAGUUAUCAGAGAGAAUGUGAUUCUGCCAAAACAGAAACCUGAGGCAGAGUCGACCAACUAAAGGCUUUAUUGUCUGCUCAGACUUUGUUUCCAGACCUUAAUGUGACAAUCCUCCCUCAAAUAUUUGACUUUAAUAAAAUUGUCCUCUGAUAUAAUAUUGUCAUUAUUAAAUAAACGGCAUCAGAUUAUAUAAGACGAUUCCAGGAAAACCUUUUCCAGUUCAUUUUGUUCGGAUGUGGCUUCAGGUGAACCUUUAUUUAUGUUGGCUCAUUCUGUAAUAGUUUUAUAAUAUUUAGAUUGAACGUCUCUGUGAGGUCUAGUUCCUCAGACAUGUUCGUACUGAUGUCUGUGAACUCCCACUGGAUGGCUGCUGAUUUGCAGUUUGCUGAAGGAUUUUCUGUCUUAAAGUUGUGAAAGAGUCGGCUGAUGACGUUAGAUAGGAGGGCAGCAGCAGCUAAAGAAAAUCUGUGGUUUAGAAGAACAGUUUAAGCCUUUUGGCAGCACCGCCCUUCUAAAAUACAUGAGAGAAAAACACUGUUCCUGUUUUAAUAUCUGAACACUAACUCUUUUAUGGCAUCACUGAACAAAACUAUUUAACCCUCUGAAGUCCAAAACCUGCCAGAACAUUUCAAACACGUCAUUUUUUGAAAUAGUCGACCAUUUAUCAGAGCAAAAAAUAGAAAGAACCAGAAAAUCUACACCUAAAGUCAGAAUACUUCAUCAAGAUCACUUAUUUCUAUGUCUCAUGUACUUUUAACAAAAAAUAAUGUGUCAUAAAAAAUAUUCUGAGCUCCUCAGCACCACCAAAAAGCUGUGAUCGACUCGACUGUAACCAGAGCUCAGAGACUUUCAGCUGAACUUUAGGAUGAGAAAACAGCAGAUGAACGUAGAAUUAAAUUCAAAUGCAGGUAGUAAAAUAUCUGUAGAAAACAAAGCCACAGUUUUAGUGUUCUGUGUCGGUAACCUAUAUUUACACUGGAAAAAUGUUGAUUCCAGAUCAUAUUUACUUUUCAGAAAAGAAAAGAAGUUAAAGAAAUUCAGUGUUUUUCUAUUUUUUAGGAGUUAGAAAAUGAUAAGUUUAAGGGUUAAUUUAUGAGAUUGCUCUACUUCUAGCCAUGAUUGUGUUUCCAUAAAACUGCAGAACUUUAUAAUGAAAAGAAACCCGUAAAAAAAAACCCCACAGCUACACGUUGGAAACUCUGAAGGAAACGACAGCUGGAUUACUAAACUACUAAACUGAAUGUCUUCUCUGCAUGUUUGGUUUAGAUCUUUAUCUAAUGAAUCCACAUCCGUUCAGUAGUUUGGCAGCUGACGUAUGACCUUCAUGUUCAGAAAAUAUAGUAGAAAAGAUGCUUCAGUAAAUAAUAAUAGUACUAAUAUAUUAUUAUUAUUAUUAAUGAGCGAUCUUUAUGCCUUCAUGGGAUCAUUGUGUUGAUUUGGUUCAGUGUCCUCUGAGUCUCUUUUAGCAGCUUUACAGGAAAUGUGGCAGAAAUUAGAAACUCCAUGUGACUCUUGUGUCACGUUGGAGUUGUGGUUGAAUGUCUUCUCUUCCUUUUUAACACUUGUUCCUUAUAAACAGAGAAGUGGUGAAACAACACAGUUCAGUAAAUGUCCUGCUGGUAGUGAGGCAUAAAAACCAAGAUCCUGUUUUCCUACUAUUGGAAAGAACAUUGUCAUCACCAGCGGUCCGUUAAGUGGUUCAUUCUGUCCAUCUCUGUUCUAGGUUAUCGGUCUGUUUGGGGUUUUCUGUCCUUAAAGUCUUUAUUUCUUCUUCUGUCCAGGAGGACUGGUGCAGGAUUGGUCAUGGCGCUGCUGAGGAGGAGGCUGAAGCUUGUGGUGACCGUGACGAUGGUUAACCUCUUCAUCUUCAUCUUCAUCUCCAGAAGUAGCAGCCAAGACAAAAAUGGAGGUCACAAGGUCCAGGUCCCUUCCAAACCCUUCUGGACCAAACUGAUUCCCAGCCCUGCAUACUGGAACCGCCAGCAGCAGAUUCUGGACAUCCAGAACAAUCCUAUUCUGAUGGCGAACCUCAGCGAUGCCGGGUUACCCGGUUGGCUCAACGUCAGUAGUUUGCCCUCCGACCCCUGUCAGCCCAACUUCAGGGUCACCACUCAGGUGAAAGACUACAACUCCCUACCGGACCGCUUCAAGGACUUCCUGCUUUACAUGCGCUGCCGCUCUUACCCAAUCACGAUGGACCAGCCUGACAUCUGUAAGGAACCACCCUUCCUGCUGCUGGCUGUCAAAUCUCUGGCUCCGCAUUUUGACCGCCGCCAGGCCAUCCGAGAGUCCUGGGGACGGGCAGGCCUUACGGCCAAUCAGACGGUGGUCACUAUCUUUCUCCUGGGCAACGCCACGGCUGGGGACCACCAUCCGGAUCUGUCCGGGAUGCUGCGCUAUGAGAGUGUCCGCCACAAAGACAUCAUCCAGUGGGACUUCAGGGACUCUUUCUUCAACCUGACUGUCAAAGAGGUUCUGUUCCUGGAGUGGAUCCAGACUCGCUGCUCUGGUGCUCGCUUCAUCUUCAAAGGGGACGACGACGUCUUCGUCAACACCUACCGCAUCCUGAAUUUCCUGAAGGGCCUCUCGGAGCCCAAAGCCAGGGACCUGUUUGUGGGUGAUGUGAUCACCAACGCAGGGCCACACCGAGACAAGAAGGUCAAAUAUUUUGUCCCUGAGAGUUUAUACGUGGGGAUGUACCCUCCAUAUGCAGGAGGAGGCGGGUACCUUUACUCUGGAGAUGUCGCUGCUCGUCUUUACAACGCGUCCCAGCGAGUAGCACUGUACCCCAUCGAUGACGUCUACACGGGUAUGUGUUUCCGUAAGCUGGGGCUGGCCCCAGAGAAGCACAAAGGCUUCAGGACCUUUAACAUAGAGGAGAAGUACAGGUCCAACCCUUGCGCUUACAAGCGCUUAAUCCUGGUCCACCCGAGGACGCCGCAGGAGAUGAUCCAGAUCUGGGAUUGGCUCAGCAGCCCAGGUCUGGUCUGCCAGUGAUGGACACGACAUGAUGGGGUUGUUCCUAACAGGUCAAAGUGACAAAUACUUCACCUGGAACAGGGUCAUGACUUAAAAGUUGGCAGCUUUAAGUUAAGAUAUUAUUAAAUGGUCACUUGGAGCCUCAGUUCGGCACAGCGGAUGCUUAAAGAUGAGGACGGAUGGGACGAUAUCAUGAGGUUUCCAGAUGUGCCAACUCUGCUUUACUGUCAGACGAGCUUCACUCAAAGUGAAUGUGUCUUUGAGUGCAUAUAUUUAUAUCACAACUAUUUAUACGGCCUUCAUGAUGCUUUAACACUGUGUCUGCUCCAUGACGGAGUGUCUCAAUGCUGUAUUUAAUAAAUGAGGAGACCAAGACCUGGAAGUGUCCACUUGGGACUCGCUGAUCAAAGGUAGAAGAUGCUGCAGCCGUGUUUCCAUUACCAGUUUUCAUGUUCGCUUUUGAAUUUUUCUGAUCCGCUGUUUCUGCUUCAUUUGUUGUCUUUGGCCAAAACCAGCAAAGAGUCUCAACUUUCUGAUUAGAGAAGCUUUUCCUGAAGACUUGAAAACAGCUGGUUUUUUGUCCAGCUUCUUCUCCACUGUUUAUUACAAGCCAUGUAGCCUAUAGUGCCACCUUCUGGCAACACUAAGCAGCCCAGUUUGUUGGCUUCACAGCAGUCAAUGGAAAUAAGCGACAUUUAAAAGUUAUGGAAACACGGCUUGUGUCAGGUUACUGGGAGUGAUGGAAAACAACUUUUUCAGCUCCCGUUCGUACCAAACAUCAUUUAAAGGGUAAGUUCUCGGUACAACCAGUGUUUCCUACGUGCUUCGAGCUUUAAAAGUGGUUCCCUGUGAGCUCUUCCUUGUAGCUGGAGGCUUCGUUUGUGCUGCUAUCCUCACUCUCUCUACAGUAUUUACUUGUGAAAUGGAACCAGUUUCUCCUGGUAAAGACUUGUGUUUUGUUCACAAAUCAUUUUUUCAUGCCUGAAAGCUCAAGAUCCGUUUUCAUUUUAUUGGUAAUACUUAGAUUCUUCCCAUAACUUCUGCUGUUUUUUUUUUUUUUUUUUUUUUUUUUAAUGCACUGCAAAAGCUUCAGAUCAUGGUAGAGCUUUGAAAUGGGAGGUUUGGUUUAGUGACACACACGAGUCCGGUUCUGUUCAGCUCAGCAGGUCUGGGUUUGACAUGGAUGGAAAAAAUCCAAAUGCUGUCUAAUUCAGCUUUACGUUCACAAAAACUGCUUGUAUAAACCCUAAGUGCAUUUUCAGAGAUGUGUAGUUCAAAGCUUCAGCGUGUCGCUUUAACUCCACUCUGUUGUAUGAAAAUGUUAAAAAUGCUGCUUUAAGUGACGCCAGAGAGUCCAGAAUGCUUUAAAACCCUUUAAAACACUUUAAAAUCCUUUAAAAGCUUUAAAAUGCUUUAAAAUGCAGGUAAAACAUCAUUACUUGAGCUACCGAAGCUUCCGUUAUCCACUGUGUUUCCUCCGUGUUUUUAGAUCCAGUUUUACGUCUCCUGCUGUUAGUUUUAGAACAGAGAAUUCUAGUUUUAUUCAAAGUUGCUGCUCAGCUCAGUUUAUUUUUACUCACUGCUUUAUUCACCCUGCAGUGACGUUACUUUAAUAAUUACAGAGAGGAUCUUAAUAGGAACGUUCAGACAAACUCCAGGUUUAAGGUUGUUUUUCCAGAUUUAUUUCACUUUUAGAGGUGAUUUCCUUCAGUAUUCUCACUCGGAAUGGAUCUGAGUAAUGAGUGGCUGGUUUCAGUCGGAUGUUUAGACCCUGAACCUGGGGAUUUUAUUUGUAGAGAAGAAUGAUGGGGGGGUUUUUUGUCUCUGUUAGCGCUCCACCUGCUGGUCAGGAUGGUGAACUGCACACACUGGCAAACUAAACUCUCUAAACCUAAUUUAUUUACCCAUGACGUCCUUAUCUCCUCCUUCUCCAGAUCUUCUCCUCUAAAAGCUGUUUCUGUUUCUCUAUAAAAACUUUCUGUGGUGACUUUUAACCUGCAUUGAUGGCAGAUAGCUGCACACAAAUAAACAGAAAUAAAUUCUUAAUAAUUAAGGAAAGUUUAGACAAUCAGAGUGAAGCUCUUAAAUUAUUCAGACACUAUUUUUCCUUCCUGUCACGUGGCAGAAUCCGUCCAUGUAGGAUAAAAUACUAAAGACAGAGGAGCUGAUUUUGUCCCAGAUGAUUUAAACUCUUCUGUUUUUGGGUCAUAGUUUCAUUUUUCUGCUCGCUGCAGUUUGUGGCAACUUGAAAUGUUUACAUGUUAAAGGUCACAUAUACGUUACUUCUGUGUUUUUCACUUCAUGUUUUGCUGUUUGAAUUUAAUCUGCGCCUUUUGUCGUUUCGCUUCACAGUUUAACUCUGAAGGACCUUUUUUUUCAAUUAUCAUUUUGUAAAAGAUGCACAUCUUCUAGCUGAGGGUUUGAACAUCCAGUAUUUCUGCAGAACGUUUCGUUUCUCUGAGCUUCUCAGAUGCGGAUGUUGUUUUUCUGGGCAGCAGGUACAAAAACUCACAUAUUUCCAUCUAUAAUCGAACUGCAGCGAUUAUUCGAUUAGUUGUUAAAUCCAGGAUUCCAGCGCCUUAAAUCUGAAUUUGUUUGUGUUUCUUUCCUCCUUUAUGACAGUAAAUUUCAUGUUUUGUGUUGUGGACUAAAAUAAGAUGUUUGAUCUUUGGUUUUAGGACAGAAAUAAGCAUUUUUGAACAAGACCAAACAACUAAUUGACUAAUCGAGUAACAGUGGAAAUUAAUGAUUAUAUGUAAUGAAAUAUCACUUUAUCCAACCAGAAAGAUAAAUUCUUACUCCAAACAAACCUCUCAGAUGAUUUAACUGUUCCAUCAUCAUGCAUCUCGUCCAACUUAAUCUGAGUUUAUAUUAAAUGUCACUUUUUUUGUUACCCAGAGCAACGAUUUUAACCACAUUGUGAUUGAAUGAUUUAAUUUGGCUUCGUUAAGAUGAUCACCAAAUCUGUGCCUGAUGUUUGUAUGUAGAAGAACCAUGUUAAGCAUGAUCGCUUUAUUUCAUCCAAUGACUUGAUUUAUUUCAAUAAAGUUAUAUUUUGCUGUUUUUGUA